ACCUUUGACUUGCACCAAAAACAUUUCAGAAUUAUUUGCAUUACCUGCACCUCUCUGAUUCAGAGGGGUUGGGUUAAAUGCAGAAGACACAUUUCGGUUGAAUGAACUGACUAUAUAUCCCCUUUCUCUUUCCUUUACUAGGAUAAUUGCAUUCCUUAGUAGGCUACAUGCUAAACAUCUACCUAGUGCUUUUACUAUGUCGUUGUGUAGCCCUAAAUGGAAAUUCCUCGGCAGUGGUCCGGCUCCAAUGUUGUUCAUUUGCAAGGGAAAUUCGUUUGAGUGUGACGCCACUGGCCACUCUUGCUGCUGGCAGAAUGGUUUUGUGGAGUCUAUUAAAAUGAAAUGCAUGGCAGCUCUUUUCCGGGGAGUGGCACUGCAUGGCAUGGUACUAUUAUGCCAUGGUCUUGAGUUCUGUGAGUUCUGAAAAGAGAUGGCUUGAAGCUGAAAGUCAAUGCUGGACCUGGAUUGGCCUGUCACUGUUUACAGUGUGUGAAAUGUUACCUUCUCGCAAGACAAGAUGGCACACACGCACAAACAUGACUUAUUUUAGAUGUAAGCAUUCCAUGAAAUGUUCCUUCAUCAAAAGUACUCCAUGUACCCACAAAUCUUUAGCAUUUGUGGGUACAGUGAAAUUUUAUCCAAUGCAAAGAUGCCUACAUUGUUUAGUUUGAAAAUGCCAUACGUGCUGUAUUAUGUAAUAUUAGGCCAUUUAAUUCAUAAAAACAGUGAUUUUAGCUGUCCUAAAUCCCUGUAUAUAGUAGCUGGCUGACUGAAUUGCUCCUUUUAGCCGAGGUUUCUGGGCAGGCUGGCCAGCCAGUGUAAUUGGCAAGCCGUGCCCCCUCCUUUUGCCUUGAAGGAUUAGAGUAGACAUUUUUCCCAUAUGGCCCAUGUGACCCUCUUUCCACUAGGGCUCAGCAUAAGAGAUGCAGAGUGUCUUGCUCUCAAUGUGAGUGUGCAAUGCUGCUCGGUGAACUACUUUCUCUGCUCACUCUUUAUUCCAAUGAAAAAACACACUGGCUCUAGGUCCCGCACUCGCUCGCGCUCCAGAUCUCAUUCUCCAUCCCACAAUAACCGAGAGCGGAACUACCCAAGGGAGUACCAGAAUAAUAACCGCGAGUUCCGGGGCUACCACCGAGGCUUCCGGAGGCCCUACUACUUCAGAGGCCGAGGGCGUGGCUACUUCCCACGGGGGCGCUUCCAGAGGGGUGGGGGAGGCGGCUACAACAACAACUACCGCCCCAAUAACUGGCAGAACUACAGGCAGCACCCCCAACAGCAGCAGCAGCAGCAACAACAGCAGCAGCAACACCCCCACCCCCACAGCCCGAGACGGGGACGAUCCCGUACCCCUAAAAAGCGCUCUGGUAGCCCUCGUUCCCACAGCCACUCCAAGUACUCGGACCGCUCUUCCUCGCCCCCAUCCCGCCGCUCCCGCCACUCCUCGCAUUCUUCCUCUCCCACACGCAGGUCAGGCUCUGGGUCGGCCACGCAGAACUCUAAGGAUGUCAAGGAGGAGCGUUCUGCCUCCAAGGACAUCCAGAAGAGAGAAGGAGGAGGAGGAGGAGAUGGCGAGCCCGUGGAGAUCACAGGGGGGUCUGCAGGGCCUGAUGGGGGCGCCGGUGGGGACAAGCCCAAGGCUAACUGGCAGGGCAUGACGGAUCACAGCAAUAGCACCAGCCCCAAGAGGUCAAGUCCUCAGGUGCGCUCAGCUGUUAUCAUUGGUCAGGGCGCACCAGCAACGACCCAGGCUAGUCCCUCUCCUAACAGCACUAAUGCUAAUGGCCCCAAUUCCAAUGGUGCCCCCUCAUGGCAGACACAGACGGUGGGCAGCUCGCCUUCCAGCAAAAGCCCUUCUCAGAAAAGCCCCACACCUGUGUUCUCUGGCUUUGGCUUCUUCUCUAAAGAGGACAACCUGGCAGGAGAUAAAGCAGCUAUGUUCAAAAGGUUCUUGGAAGAGCACAAUCAUAAGAAAAAGCAGUCCGGUUGGGAGAAUGGCAGAGAGAUGGAAACCAAUGGUGGGGAUGUGGAGCGGGAGAAAGGGAAUGGCAUGAAGUCCUCUGGGGGCAUCUUUGACAGAGAGCCCGACAAAGGGGAGAAGGAGAAGUACAAGUACAGGGAAGACUUUGACGAUGAGGGAAAUGUGUCGUUGAACAGCUUCUUGAAAGCCUCCCCUUUCUUUUCCUGCGAUGGUGAGGAAGAGGACGAGGAGAUGAUACCCGAGCCCCGUCCCAAGGUGCUCCGCAAAGACCGUGACCGGGAGGACGACGAGUCGCCCAAGCUCAAGAGCAAAGUCACCCUCUCGGCCCGCAAGCUAUUCGAGGAGCGCUUCGGCAAGUGGGAGGACCUGGCCUACUUGCAGGUGGCUGCCAAAGACAACGAUCUUGACGCCAUGGCGGAGGAGAUUUACCGCAGCCGGAAGCAGGAGAAGGCGGCGGCCAUAGCUGCAGCCCUGGCCAAGAGAGAGGCCAUAGCGGGCAUGCUCAGAGGCUUCUCCCCGGAGAAUGUCAGCAAAGGCAGGAGGAAGGAGAAAGCUGCCUCCAGCCCACCCCCCACACCCCCACCACGGAGGAACUCUGACCGAGAGAUGUUCAUGGUCAGGGGGGAGGACUCUCCCCCAAGGGCCUCUGGGAAAAGAGGAACGGAGUUCAGUGUCAGAAUGGAUUCCCUCAGAGAUGACGUGGCAAGCUCCUCUGGUGUUAUGGUUGGUGAGCGAAGGUUAUCACGGGAUCUUGUGCAUCCUACUAAAAAGGAGCAGGAGUUUCACUCUAUCUUCCAGCACAUUCAGGCCACAGAGUUACAAAGGAGUCCCUUAGAGCUGUUUGCCCAGCACAUUGUCACCAUCGUCCACUACAUAAAAGCACAGCACUUUCCAUCCAACGGAAUUACUCUAAAUGAGCGAUUUGCCAUGUACCAAAGAAGAGCUGCGGAAAAGGAAAUGAUGAAGCCAAGAAAGAGCCCAGAGAUACACAGGAGAAUUGAUGUUUCUCCCAGUGCUUUUAAGAAACACUCUCACCUGUUUGAGGGAAUGAAAAACUCCGGGGAUGGCAGUUACAAGGACGAAGGUAAAAACAUUAAGGGUGACUCAAUGGACCUUCGUCUGGAUAUUGAGCGCCGUAAAAAAUAUUCCACCCGGGAGAGAGAUUAUAAACAGGAUGGGGGGAGAGAUUCAGGAGACUCCCCAGAAGCUAACAGGGAGAGGUCCGCUGAGAAAUCCUCCAAGCACCACAAGAAGUCCAAGGGUUUUGGUCCCUCAACCUCUUCCUCCAGGAAAAACAAGAAGAAGCCAUCUCGCUCUCGCUCCUCCUCUUCCUCUUCAUCUGCCGAAUCUCACAGGGGAGGAGACUACCCCCACGAAGGCUUUAACAAGGCCAGGCUGGGGCCUCGGGGAGACUAUGGUGGCCCCAUGGAGAGGGGACGAGGACGCGGAGGUUUUCAAUUUAGAAUAAGAGGAAGGGGCUGGAACAGGGGAAACAAUAACACCAAUGGUAAUCCCCCUAACAUGGACAUACCAGUUCACCCCAAGAAUGAGGACUGGGACCCAGAGUACACACCCAAGAGCCGAAAAUACUACUUGCAUGAUGACAGGGAGGGCGAGAGGAAGUGGGUGGACAACCGAGGACGUGGAGGACGGGGAAACUUCCUGCGUGGCAGCAGGGGCCGUUUCAUUAUCCGGAAGGCCACCGUUGGCCCACCCAACAACAACAACAGCAGCCCAAAGUGGACACAUGACAAGUUUCAGGUCAACAGGGGGGAGGAGGAGGGCGAGCCCCAAGAGGAGGAUACAGAGCAGGACCACAAAGACCAGGAGAAGUCUGAAGACACUGUCCAAUAAGAAACUACCUGGACUUGUCCAAUAAGAAAAUACCCUGCUCUCAGCCUUUAUCCAUCACAAUGGCUGGACAUGGGAGAGUUUUGCCAGUGCACAAAUACACACAUUAGGAAUCAAUCAGUGCUAUUAAAUGGAGAACGCUGUAUGGUUUUAUUUCUGGGGACUCUCUUUGACACAAUACUUUACGCAACAUUAUGUUAUACUUUUGUCAGGGUAUAGCUAACUUGUGUUUUAUCUGCUUAUUGUGAACUGCUGUGUUGGAAUAGGAAAUAUACGUAACCAACCUCUGCGCUUGAUAGGUCAGCACUAUGAACAGUGCAUCUUAGUACAGGGCUGAUGCAACAUUGCAUAUCACUUCUUUUUUUUUUUUGCGAGAAAGUCUAAUGCAAGAAAGUCACACCUUUUUGCAGAGCAUGACAGGAGGAUAUUUUUGUUCCUUAGACUUGUUAAAAUAUGUCAGCCACAUAUUUAUCUAAUUAAAUGACUUUUGAGGCCAAACAGAUGAAAACUAUACUAGAAGAGAAACAUUUUUAUAUUUAUUAUACCGUAGUGAUAAAUCGUACACUAUUAUACUGGAGAUAUAUUUUUAGACUAGUUUAGUCAUCAACCGGAGAAAAUGCAGUAUACUGUUGACUUUAGCAAGUUUUAGGAUUCAACUACGUAACCUAUGGAUUCAACUACGUAACCUACGUAGUUGAUUCAACUGCUAGUCCAGCAUCCUGCAAAUGACCCCUCUGACAAUGGGACCAAAUCAUAAAGGGUCAAAGGUUAUAUUCUACAGACCUGCACUGUGGAGUGACACAAGAUGCUCACAGUCCCCCAGAAGGGCAAACAGAGACUGUUAACUAAAAUGGCAUACCCUGUCUGCAAAGUCACAAUGGGCUACCUGGAUGUUUGUUAUCUUGUCUAGUUUGUUGAGAAUCCUGUAUUGGAUUUUUUUAUCUUGUACUUUUCAGAACUGUUAACUUGGUCUUGGGUCGGGUGUGUGUACUACUCAGCAUUGGAAGUCUGUGCCUCAGAAUAUACCUUUGCAAAGUCAUUCAUUUAUCUUUUGAUUAGGCGACACAAUUUGUAAUUAUUUGUAGCAACUAAUGCUUCCUUUGUAUGUUAAGAAAGAAUGGUGAGUGAUUAUAUCAUGGCAUUGAUUAGCUCAUGGGACACACUCAUGCUUUGAUGUGCUAGGUUUUCUUCAUUGAAUGGGGACUUUCCCCCUUGUGUAACGUCUUUUUUAAGUUUUGAUUGCUGAGUAGUAUGUGUGGGGUGCAACACAGUCAACUUUGGUUGAAUAUAAAAUAAAAUAAGUUCUAAGGUAUUUGAAUUUGAUCUGAAAUUAUUUGUGCUGUUCAAGAAGAUAUAGUUUGUAAAAAAAUGUUUGUAAGAAAAAGUAGGCUGUAGCACUAUUUUGAUUUGUAUGUCUUGCUGUGGGUUGCACUGCUCUAUAAUGUACAUGAUAUACGUUGUGGUUGACACUCAUGUUACAUUUUAUGUGGUUGGGGGCAAUUACUUUUUUUAAUGGUUCCUGUAGCCAAUGUUUUUCAGAUGUAAAUUAAAAAGAACUUCUGGUUAAUUUAA